AUGCAUGCUGCAGUCGUUACUGCAUGGGGAGGAUCGCCAAAGUACACUCGAGUCCCCAUUACAGCACCCGAACCAGAUGGAGUUCCAGUCAAAGUGAUGUGUUCAGGCCUGCACAUCGUGGUCCGUUCCAUCGCCAGCGGUAACCACUAUGCCUCUGGAGACUUGCCUUACACUCCUGGCGUCGAUGGCAUCGGUCGCCGUCUUGCCGACAACAAGUUGGUCUACUUCAUUAGUUUCCCUGGCGGUGCCUAUCAAGAAAUCCUCAACGUUGAGCGCCGCAAGAUGGUAGAACUUCCUAAUGGCAUCGAUCCUUAUCAAGUCGCUGGCUAUGCAAAUCCUGCGCUGUCUAGCUGGAUGGCAUUGAGAGCGCGAACAAAGGAGCUGCCUGAGAACUUCACCGUGCUUGUCAUGGGCGCAACUAGCGCUAGCGGCAAGGUCGCUGUCGAGGUUGCACGCGUCCUGGGUGCUGGAAAGGUCAUUGGCGUGUCUCGCAAUGCGGCAACACUCUCAGAAGUUGGAGUUGACGAGAUGAUUAUUCUCGAUGACAAUGUUUCAAGCACCGAUUGUAGUGCUGCUGCUGGAGUGGACGUCAUCCUCGACUAUCUGUACGGACCUGUUGCGCAGCACGUUCUCUCUACCGUCAACUUCACACGCCCAGUACAGUACAUCCAUAUCGGAGGUCUUGCCGGCACGGAGAUGAUGCUGCCGGGUCAUGUACUCAGGUCCAAAGACAUUACCAUUCGUGGAGCUGGCCCUGGCAGCUGGUCUCGCGAAGCCAUGCGACCAGAGAUCCCUAAGAUCUUGAACGCCUUCAAGACUUUCAAAACACAGAAUGUGAAGGUCGUACCCCUGAGUGAGAUCGAAGAGCACUGGCACAACAAGAACGAGCGCAUUGUCUUCACACCUUGA